AUGAAAAAAAUUAAAUCUUAUGAUGAAAUUUCUUUUUCUCAAUUUUAAGAAGAAUUUGGGGAAACUUCUUAUGAAAAUCAACCAAUUCUGGUACAUUUAGAUGAUCCAUUGCCAUCUUAAACAGAUAGUUUGGAAUUGGUUUUAUAGAGUGUUCCAAAAAAAUAAAAAAAAGUCGCUAGAAAAAAAAAAUGCGAUUUUCAAACAAAGAAAAGGAAAAGGGUGAACAAAAAAAAAAAUCUAGGUUUCGAAAAACAUACUCCAUUCACUUUUUAAGAAGAUGAAAAAAUCCUCAAUCUUGUAAAAGAGCAUGGUCCAAGAUUUUAAAUCAUUUCUAAGUAUUUUUUAGAUAGAAGUUAAAAUGCCGUAAAAAAUCGGUAUUAUAAGUUUUUACGCUAUAAUUGGAACUUAAUCUUUGGAGAGUAAGCAUUCUUAUUAAUGUCUAGUCAAUAACAGCAUUCUAUUAAUUAAUUUGAAGAGGAAGGAGCAUAAUAAGAAUUGCUAACAAAUUUUUUUGAUAACAUGAAUUUUAAUCCGAAUUUAACAACAAUUGUGUUUAACCGCCUUACUUCAGUUGACUAUCCUUCCUGA